AAUCUCUCCCUCAUAAAUAAUUUGCAAAACCCCACUUCUGCACUACACGAACCCUAAACAAUGAGUUCUUCUACGCAACAAUUUGCAGCGGUAGGCGGCAGAGAAACUUCAUCUGAUAUCAAUCAACCAAGUACAUCUGAUCAUCGUUCAAUGAAGAUCCGGAGGUUAGAAAUCAAUCCAAAGAGAAUGGAUGAUAAUAACAAGAAGAAAUUGACGAAACUUCUGUUGAAUGUGACGAUCGAAAGAAGCUUAGGACCUGUUCAAGUUAUUACAUCAUCAGAGAAAAGUGUCGAGGAAUUGAUUAAAUCGGCUUUAGAGAUUUAUGUUAAAGAGAAAAGAAGACCUUUGUUGAUUGAGAUUAAUCCUAAUUCUUUUGAGCUUCAUUAUUCUCAAUUCUGCUUAGAAAGCUUGAAUCCGGCAGAGAAAUUGAUAAGUUUGGGAUCAAGGAAUUUCUUUUUGUGUUUGAAACCGACGGUGAUAGUAAAGCCCAUCUCCUGCUCCAAUGAAGCUAACCAGAAGGAAGCAAACAAGUCAUCGUAUUUUAUGUGGACUAGAUUCAUGGAUUUCCUACUGUAGAUUAGACUUUUUUUUUGUUAGGGAUGCAUGUCCGUUGUAUAUUAUUGACUGCACAUGUAAAUUAAUAUUGUAGUACCAAGAGCCAUAGAAUCGGUAGUUGGAUCUCAAUUCCAGCCUCUUUGUCUGGUGUUUUACGAUAGGUCUAUUCUAUAAGAGCCAGUUCAUUACCAUCAUAUAUCCGGAUUUUGGAUACCUUAU